AUUGUAGUGUCCUUGACCAACCAAAACGUGACGUGAAAAAAUGGUAGAAGAACAGCGCCGCAAAAAGUCAGAAGAGCGCAACGCAACGCAACGCGAAGAAUGGGAGGUUGGAGGCGGAAGCAGAUCAUGUUAUGACUCGUCGCAAGUAAAAAUAGGGAAAGAAAGCCAUGGUGGCGGCGCUUAGUUAUAGAACCUUGUCCUUGGUGUCAAUGAACACUACUCUGGGGUUGGUGAUUUUUAAGAGAUCUUCCAACUCUUUCAUGGAUGAGUUAAAUGUGGUGCCAGAAAGCAGGGAGGCCAUUGGUGGCGGCCUGUAUAAGUUGCAUCAUACCCUGCCUCUUAAUGUUUCUGAGUACAUUUUACAAGCUCUGAAGCCAAGGACAGAACUCCUGAGAUUACUGUAUCAGCAAUGUCAUGCAAUGCAAGAGAUGACCCUGGAUUUGUGUUUGCCACUUCUGGAAGAGCAGUGAGCAUAAACUAUUGUUCUUUAGUUAGGGAAUCUCAUAUUCUUAUAGUCUAUGUUUCUAUUAUGUUUUUGUUUUGUUUGGUAUGUUUAAAAAGAUAGCAGGGAAGAUCUCCUCAAAUGAACAAACAAACAAAAAGGGCACUGGGAAGAUUAACAGAGAAAAAUAAUAGGAUAGUUGGGAAGCUAAAUUCCACAUUAUUUUCACUAUCAUUAUUGACCCCACCAAUUUUUAAAUUGAAGAGAAGUUUUACUGUGAUAAACCUAGUUCCAUCUCAAGAUAGAUGACAGAGAGGGGAACAUAGCUCACUAUACUCCUGUAUAACAAAUUUUAGUUCUAAUUCUUGGGAGUGAGAUAAUUUUUUAACACACUCAUUCUAACAUGGUACCUUCUUCAUUUUGGGGCAAGU